AUGUUUGGGUGCUCCGGCCGGAGGCAGCGCCAUGACUGGGAUGUGGCCCAAUGCGUAGGGACAGGCGGUCUCCUUAUGAUGGAAACAGCGGGUGAUCAGAAACCGAGGGGAUUUUCUGAGAACGAAGCUGUCAUCCUGAAGGAAGGCGCGUGGGAAUCUCAGCUCAGGGACCCAGCCUUCGAGGCCCUCCUUUUGCUCAUGGGAACAUUGCCUGAUGACACCGCAGGACGCAUCAGCCUAAAGUUAGCCAAUCCCCUGCGUUCAUAUUGUGGAUGGUUUUCCGCCUUAUAUGGAAUGUUUAAAAAUCAGUUCAUGGCAACAGCUUUCCGUGAUCGCGAUAACAUCCAGGAACAGUUGAGGAAGACUCAGCGCCGUGUGGCGCCCCCCAGCACCUCCUUGGAAAAGGCCGCCGCGACGCCGGCCAGUCGGGCCGCGGGUCCGCGCGCGCACGUCCUCGGGCGGCCGCCGUGGCCAACGCGCACGGUGACACGCCGGCUGGACGAGGCCCUUUGUCAGAAGCCGCGGGACCUGGCGUUUCCGCGCGACGGGAAAAACAAAGGGCUUCUGCCUGCCUGGCCGGGGUUGACAUUGGCUCACCCUCUGACCCCCGGGCGUUUGCAGGCAGAAUGA